AGCAAGUAGCAGAGUCAGUCGGCGUUUGUGACAGCUCAAUAUAGUUUGCUGUAGUGUAAAUUGGCAUUUUUGGAGCGCUCGUCGCCGUGAAACGUACGUGGCGCGGACAAUCAAAGUGUACGCAAGACAGUUCAUUCGUAUAAAGCAUUACAUGCUGCGCUUGUUUAUGAAGUCAGUGUCGAGUAGAGAGACAAAUCGCAUCUAGGUGAAAUUUGCUGCAAAAAGGACGUAAAACAGACCACUUGUGACAAAUAUAUAAAGGCUUCAUACCAGCCGUAUUGUGGAUAACUUAUUAAUUCAUUUCAAUUGAAUACAACGCGCCUAAAAGCAGACUUUCAAUAGUGAGCUUCAACAGAUAAAAACUAGUUUUUUUCUUUCUCCGGCGAAGCAGCCAAAUAUUACUAUUGAUAGAAGAUAUAUUGAAGCUGCAGUAAUAAGUCAAAGCGACCGCAAAAGCAGCAGAGCGUGUAGCGGUGGUGGACCAAACGAAUUGAGCAGGAACGGAGAAUAUUGUGGUGAGGCGCAACUUGGUGGCAAGCUGCUAGGCAAACAUGUGGCCGAGAAUAAGUAUGGCUGGUCUUACUGCCGGCAUUCUUUUGCUGCUAUGCAUCGUUAGCAGCGUUAACUCAUUCUCAAAGUAUGGACGUGGCUGCAGCGACAUUGGCUGUCUGCCCAAUGAAGAGUGUGUCAUCACUAGCGAUUCGUGCAGCUUCACUCAGCGCGAGGGCAAGGACUGCGGCAACUAUCCGAAAUGUCAGCGGAAAUCUGGCUCCAGCUCAGCAUCGUCGGCGCCAGUUAAUCCGUCAGUAAGCCACGGCACAACACACAACUCAUACAACCCAAGCGCACCGAUGCCCGACAACGGUGAAAGUAACAGCUUCAGCGGCGGCAGCAGUGGCAAUGCUGGCGGCGGAUAUGGCGGCGGCGGCGCUGGUGGACACAGUCUCUAUCCCACUUUACCAAACACUCCGCCAGCCAGCGGAUAUAAUCCUUAUGGCGGCUAUCAGCCACAACCCGGUGGAUAUCAACCACCUUCGGGAGGUUAUCAACCCGGUGGCUAUCAACCAGGCGGUUAUCAACCCGGUGGUUAUAAUCCAAAUGCUGGCGGUAGCGGUGGUGGUGGUUACGUGCCCAACGCGCCGGGUUAUGGUGGUGGCAGCACACCGCAGAAACCUAAAGACAAGGAGGGUGGCGGCUUUUUCUCUAACUUCUUCUCAAAUCCAGCUGUAAGUCAAGCUGUGAGUGGCAUCAUUGCAGGCCAGAUCGCCAAGACCUUGCAAGGUGGCGGCAGUGGUGGUGGUGGAGGUGCUGCUACCAACGGCGGUUAUCAACCAAGUGGUGGCUAUACACCAAGCGGUGGUUAUGGUGGUGGCAGCAGCUCAAGCAGUGGCUCGUCAGGCAGCAAUAUUCUUGGCGGUCUGCUUGGUAGUGUCUUGAGUGGUGGUGGCGGAGGCGCAGGUAGUGCUGGAAGUGGCGGUAGUGCAAGCAAUUUCCUAGGAAGCCUGCUCAGUGGUGGUGGUGGCAGCGGUGGUGGUGGCAGCAGUGGCGGCAGCAGCGCAACCAACUUUUUGGGCAGUUUGCUUAGUGGCGGCGGCGGUGGUGGUGGUAGCAGCGCAGGCCACAGCAGCGGUGGUAGUAAUCCGAUAAGUGAAAUUUUGGGCUCGCGCAAUUUUGGCGGUCUUUUUAGUGAGAACCCUUCUUCAUCCGGUUCCGGUUCUUCAGGUGGCGCUAAAAGCUAUCCCACACAGCCGCCAAUGAGCCAAAAUUACUACGGUUGAGAGGAGAUCGAUGAAGGGAAGCUGCUGCAUCACACUCUACUAUAUUGAAUUUUUUUUAUUAAAAUUAUAAAAAUAAUUUAAAAAAAAACUAAAAAUUUAUUAUAAAUAUUUUAUGAAGCA